AUUUUGUGUUAGCACGUGUGCCAGGAGGGUUGCAUGUUUGCAAAACCAUUUGAGUUAAAGACAUUGGAAGUAAUUGUCUGGAGCUGUAUUUCYUGUCCAGUUACCAAAUAAAAACAGUAGGUAAAAGUGUGUGUUGCUGCCUGUCUGCAGGUAUUGAAACAGUGAAGAUUCUGUUUCCUAUUACUGUUAUGAUGUUCUGUGUUUUUUGUCAACAGCUGAGAAGAAAUAUACCAGUGUACCCUUCCUGGAAGGCUUCUCAGUGUGUCUUUAGUUCUUCUAAAUCAGGACUGAUGCCAAACCUUGCCAGUGAGGGGGCUGUCCGUGCUCCGCUUCAAACAUUCACAGAAGAGGAGAUAAUGCUGAAAAAUAUGGUGAAGAAAUUUGCUCAGGAACGAGUUGCACCUUUGGUGCAGAAAAUGGAUGAGAAUUCAAAACUGGAAGAAUCUGUAAUAAAGGGAUUGUUUGAGCAAGGGCUGAUGAGUAUUGAGCUUGGGGAAGAAUAUGGAGGGACUGGAGCUUCAUUCUUUUCAACGAUAUUGGUAGUAGAAGAACUGGCCAAAGUUGAUCCAUCUGUAGCUCUUAUAUGUGAGCUCCAAAAUACACUCACCAAUAAGUUAUUUACCUUAUAUGGAUCAGAAGAACAGAAGAGAACUUACUUGCCCAGAGUGGCUAAAGAUACGAUAGGCAGUUUCUGUCUUUCGGAGGCUGGAUCUGGGAGUGAUGCAUUUUCUUUGAAGACUCGAGCUGAAAAGAAAGGAGACUACUAUAUCAUCAAUGGCUCAAAGAUGUGGAUUAGCCUCGCAGAACAUGCAGGAUUUUUCUUUGUGAUGGCAAAUACAGAUCCUGCUCUGGGAUACAGGGGAAUUACAUGUUUCAUAGUAGAUCGCAACACAGAAGGACUACAGGUAGGGAAGAAGGAGGAUAAACUUGGAAUUAGAGCAUCUUCUACCUGCCCAGUAACAUUUGAAAAUGUUAAGGUUCCUGAGACCAGUGUCCUGGGACAGGUUGGACAAGGCUAUAAAUAUGCAAUUGGAAUGCUAAAUUGCGGCAGAAUCGGCAUUGCUGCCCAGAUGUUAGGAUUGGCACAGGGAUGUUUUGACCAUACGAUUCCUUAUACAAAAGAAAGAUUCCAGUUUGGGAAAAGCGUUUUUGAUUUCCAGGGGAUGCAACAUCAGAUAGCUCAUGUGGCCACACAACUGGAAGCUGCAAGGUUGUUGACCUACAAUGCGGCUCGACUGGUGGAAGCAGGGAGGCCAUUCAUAAAGGAGGCAAGCAUGGCCAAAUACUACGCAGCUGAGGUUGCAACACUGACAACUAGUAAAUGUAUUGAAUGGAUGGGUGGAGUUGGAUUCACAAAAGAUUAUCCAAUUGAAAAAUAUUAYCGUGAUUGCAAGAUAGGUACAAUAUAUGAAGGAACUUCAAAUAUCCAGUUGAGCACCAUUGCAAAAAGCUUAGCACAGGAGUACUGAAGCCAUAAGGACUUUUUGACUGUUACAGAAAUUAUUCCACUGAACACUAAUCACGAACUUUAGAUUUGUCUGUAAUGAUAAAAUCAUAAAGGACAUAAAGCAUACCUUUUUGUUGGUGAAAUCAUACGGAAAACCAUGAAUUCCUAUUUCAUGAUAGGAAGCAAUGUGAAAUCAGGAAUUCCAUAUUGAAUUUCAAAUCAUGUUAAAAUAGGUAAUUGUAGACCCUUCUGCCUGUGAAUCUUCUAAUAUACUACAUUGUUUUAAAUUAYUUGUUUAGACUAUGCAAUGUAUCUCCAUUUUGAGAUUUAAGAGUAAAAACAAAAGCAAAUUUUGCCUAAUGCAAAAGGAUGUAUUAAGCUGCUGUAUUAAGGUAUUGUUGCAUAGAAUAGAGCUGUUUGCUCUUGAUGUCCUGUAUUCUGUGCCAUGGGGCACAGUAAAGGUGUGUGGGGAAAAAAGUGACAGUUUCCUCUUCCCCUGGCUGAGUGAUGUCGACAGAGCUGCUGUAAUUGUAGUAAUUUUUAUAGCAGUCCUUAGUGUAUUCUUAAGAAUAUCUUGGUAAUUAAGCCCUUCCAGCCUCAAUUUGUAGUAGUGAAUGGUAGAUAAUAUCUACCUCCCUUUCUAGCCUUCUUCAGCUGUUAAGGGUUUUAAUCUAAGGCACUAUUUACAGUUCUCCUUUUAUAAAAGGUUGAGCUGAAAUCUCUGUGAAAUGGGGUUAAGAAAGACCU